AUGUGGGUACUUGGUCUCCACAAAGUCCAUGGAGAAGAGAGCAUUAGUGCUCUUGGUACAUGGGGAGCUCAUCCUCUUCUUCCUCUGACUCCUCUCUUCCAUGGGCACAUUCUCAUUGCUCUCAUGCUCACUCUCCUCAAUCUCUUGAUUGACCUCUUCACCCUCUUCUUCACUUGGGAGUCAUCAUUCUCCUCAUUGGGAUGUUCACUCCAAUUUCAAACUCUCCUCUUCGCUCUCACUGCUGAUAGGAUCAUUCCUUCUUUGGUUCUCCUCUUCCCUCAAUCUCCUCUCAGACCUCCUCAUCCUCCUUGGUUUGUCUUUGAGUAUCCUCCUUGCUCCUCUUGUUAUCUCCUUCUUUGUGAAUGCUGCUUGCUUCCUUCACCUCUCAACAUCUUAACGUUGCUUCUUGAAGUUGGGUUCCUGAAAUGCAUCAAAAACUCAAAGAAUUAG